UGAAAGCAUAAAGAGCGGAUAGAAAAUAUUUACUUCAGUGACUUUGAAGUAACCUCCACCUUAGUGGGAGAAAAGACGGAGAGGAGAGAAAGAAACAGACAGAGGAUAUAAAAAGGCAGACAAAAGGAGAGAGAUAGGAAUUAAGAGUGGGAAAGAGAUAGUGGAGAGUGAGAGAAAAAGAGGGAUGUGCGUCUCGUGAGAGGGAAGCAUUUGUGAAACCACUCUUUGAAGGGGCAGUCCACACUCUGUUGCUCUCAAGACCAAAAGGUAUGUUAGUGUGCUAAAGCUAACCAUCUAACACCAUAGCACAGCACAGGACUGGACCAGAGUGAGAUCAGAGGAGAGAAAUCAAGAGCGACAUGAACGACAUCAAACUGGCCCUGCUGGGCAGUGAGGGAGCUGGGAAAUCAGCUGUCCUGGUGCGGUUUCUGACCAAGCGCUUCAUCGGGGAGUACGCCUCCAACACGAAUUCCCUGUAUCGUAAAAGACUAUCCAUUGACGGUAGACAGCUGAACCUGGAGGUGUUUGACCCUUGCUCUCAGGGAACUGAGGCUAGGUGUAUAGUGGAGGAGCCGGUGGACUGGGCUGAUGGUUUUGUGGUGGUGUACAACAUCAGCGACCGAACAUCCUUCAUCAAUGCCGAAAACAUUCUGCAGCAGAUCAGAGAGACACGUAUUGAGAACUGCAAAGGGGAGGUGGAGGUGCCAGUCUGUCUUGUGGGCAACAAGCAGGACCUGUGCCACGCCCGGCAGGUUUGUGAGGAGGAGGGCCGCUCGCUGGCGCAGGAGAACCGCUGCCUUUUCCAGGAGGUGUCGGCGGCCGAGAGCUACCAGGAGAUCUCCAACCUCUUCACCCAGCUCAUCAGAGAAGUGAUGGAGCACCUCAAGUACCGCGCCGACCGACGCUGCUACAGCAGCUCCAAGUCCAUGGCCAAGCUCAUCAACAACAUGUUUGGCAAGAGGAGGAAGUCCGUGUGAUAUCCCCAGAAAGACGGGCUGGGAUUGGCUGAGAGAGACAGAAUGGCCUACCUAGGACUACAGUUGGACUCCGAUAGUAAGGAUAAUGGUGAAGAGGAUUCCCCCAUAAACCCCCCUUUAAAGGCUCAGGGUAGCGGUUUUGAUCUUUGAUCUCCAUAGCUUCUUCAUACUGUAUCAAAUCAUUUCCGGGUAACAAUAAAUUACUUACUUUAAUUGUUUUCGGUUACAAUUGUCCUCCAAAAAUAAUAAAAUGCUUUUUGCUAACCACAAUUUUUCAAGAAAUGUCUUCCAGACUGUCUGGGCUUGGUCUUAUGCCGCGUUCACAUGCUUGUGGGAACUAGGAAACUCUGAAAUUCCUGACUUGCUAACUGAUUGUAGUUACACAUGUGCCGUGUUCAACCAGUUAGCAAGUCUGACAUUUGAGUUUCUUAGUUUCGACUAGCACGUGACGCGGUAUUAAAUGCCUGGUGGGGAAUGGGACAAGUUACCAAGUUAGCAGGGGAAGGGGGAGAAUAACCACAGCCCAGUUGAAAUGGCAGGGAUUUGUAAGCUUAACACAAGUUCAUAAUGGCAGAGAGGUUUGAACAUAUCUGUUAUUGGUCUAUUAAAAUCAGUUGGGGGCAAAAAGAUCAUGCAUAACCUGCUGACACAAAGGUCCUGUUGAUCAUAUUUUCAACCAUCAACUACUGAGAAGUGACGCUGAUUAAAACGUUUAUAC